AUGGCAGAUGGGGGUUCUGGUUUUGAGAGUGAAGUCUCAUCAAGUUGUAACAACCCGCCGAAACAUAUAGUUAUAUGGAACCCUUCUCUUGGCUUUUCCAAGAGAAUUUUAGUUAAGCCCUUUGAUGAAGAUCAUUUUGAAGAACCGAUUUACGGAUUCGGGUUUGACCCGAAGAGUAACGACCACAAGGUGGUGAGAAUCUUGUACCAUCAACAGCGCCGAUAUGUUGGUGAAGGCGUCGUCAAGAGUGUUGAAAUUUAUGCUUUGAAUGUUGGCGAGUGGGUGGAUAUUUCUGGAAAAGCUGCACCUGGCUGUCUCAUUAAGGAUUCUCUGUCGAGGGCUUAUGUGGAUGGGGCGGUUUAUUGGGUUGCGCAAAUGAAUGUGGGAGUUAUUUCCCGCAAACUGGUGUUGUCCUUGUUUGAUUUGAGCGAUGAGACGUUUAAGACAUUGGAAAUGCCGGAUGAGCUUAAGUGGAAAACGAAAUUGGUUGAACAGAAGUUCCAAAACGAGCAGUUAAAAGUAGUUGCUAUGAACAAGUCACUCAGUUUGGUGCACUUUUUUAUACAGUGGACGAAAAGUCCUUCUUUUGAUGGGUGUAACAUUUGGAUGCUCGUUGAAAAUGGUGGCGCAAGAGGGUACUGGACGAUAAAGUAUAGAGUUGAUCUCCGAUUAGGGAUCGCCAACGUUUUAGGGCUGAGGAAAAAUGGAGAAGUUGUGCUAGUGGCAAGGCACACAUAUGAGCUGAUUUGCUUUCCUAUUGGCAGUAGAAAAAUCAGAUACUUGGAUAUGAUUGGCGAUUGGAGUACUUUCUACAUGAACACUUACAUUGAGAGUCUGCGUUUAUAUGAGAGAGGAAAUCAUGAGUUUAUCAACAAUUUUGAUUCUUCCGCAGUGCCAGCAACCGGGAAUGGCGAUGAACUCACGGAGGCUUGAACUUACUGUCUUUCUUCAGCCAUGUGUGUGCUAUUGGGAAUAAUAAGUAGCAAUAUUUUUAGCUAGAUUGUCGUCAGUUGUGUGUCAUUUAAUGUGUUUUAAUGUAACAAUUCUUGUGUCCUCUCUAUAGGGUCAAAACUUUUCCCCAUUGAACAAGGUCAAGAUAUAAUAAUAAUCUGUGAAGUUUUUAUGUUUUUA